UUAGGUAGAAGGAAUGCACUGCCCAGCUCAACAACACCAAAAGGACUGAAAGACCACAGAAGAGCACUACAGGGAAGAGUGGCAGAAUUCUUGGCUGGUCAAGAAAAUACCCUUCACAAAAAUCUGGCCAAGGCUUGUAAGGGCCCCUCCCACCUCUUGGGGGCCUGAGUAGUCAGUCCCACUUUUCCCUCCCACUUUGACUGUCCCGGUGAAACAGCUGGAGUCACACACCAAAGGACGGAUUGAGUUUACUCACCCAGGGGCAGAGCAGCAGAAGGUGUGCCUGGCUCAGGAAGUAGGUUGUUUGAUGUCCGUCUGUCCCAUCCUGGCCAGCUGCCUCGCAGCCCAAAUGAGUGGUUCUGUCUUCCUGCUGACACCUGGACAUCCCCUAACCACCGGUUACUUCCCUUACAACCAUCUCCUUUCCUAACAACCACGAGAUACGCAGGAUGGUCAUUGAUCAGAUCACCUCUCACCUUUCCCUAAUUACAGACUUAAGACAGGCGCCGCUGAAGACACACCUUCUAACAGCAUAAAUACACCUCUCUGGAAGGUUUACCAUCGUGCUGCCGGAGCAGUGAGAAUGCCGGUAGAAAGGACGGAGCAUCGCGGAGCAGACGAGCUCCACAAAAAUUAUGAGGUUUUUGAGACUAUCGGCUCAGGAGGCUUUGCAAAAGUCAAGCUGGGUCGACACAUCUUGACAGGAGAGAAGGUUGCCAUUAAAAUCAUGAAUAAAAAGGAUCUUGGGGAUGACUUGCCUCGUGUGAAGGUGGAGAUCGAAGCCAUGAAGAACCUGAGUCACCAACAUAUUUGUCGACUCUAUCAGGUCAUCGAGACGUCCACCCAGAUAUUUAUGGUGUUGGAGUACUGCCCUGGUGGGGAGUUGUUUGACUACAUCAUAGCUAAGGAUCGCCUGUCUGAGGAGGAAACCAGGGUGUUUUUCAGGCAGAUUGUGUCCGCGAUGGCCUAUGUUCACAGCCAAGGUUACGCACACAGAGACCUAAAACCGGAAAACUUAUUGAUUGAUGAGGACCAUAACUUGAAGCUCAUAGAUUUUGGCUUGUGUGCCAAGCCUAAGGGAGGUUUGGGUUAUGAGCUGAUGACCUGUUGUGGGAGCCCUGCUUACGCUGCUCCUGAACUUAUCCAGGGAAAAGCGUAUAUUGGAUCAGAGGCUGAUGUAUGGAGUAUGGGAGUGCUGCUGUUUGCUCUGCUCUGUGGAUACCUGCCCUUUGAUGAUGACAACUGCAUGAUCCUCUACAGGAAGAUUACAAGAGGUACAUAUGAUAACCCACAGUGGCUCUCUCCAGGUAGUAUCCUCCUCCUCAACCAGAUGUUACAGGUGGACCCAAAGCGACGUCUGACUGUUAGACAGCUGCUGAACCAUCCUUGGGUGAUGAAAGACUACAACAGCCCUGUGGAGUGGUACAGCAGGCAGCCGCUUGGCUACAUAGAUGAAGACUGUAUCACUGAGAUGGCAGUUAACAUGAAGCGAUCGAGACAGAGCACCACAGCGCUGGUGAAGGAGUGGCGAUAUGACCACAUCACAGCCACCUACCUGCUGCUGCUGUCAAAGAAGCAGAGGGGAAAGCCUGUCCGCCUGCGCCCUGAACCAGCUGUCUGUGAGGACUUCUGCUCUCCUUUGCAUCAGGGACUACAGACAAGAGAAGCCCUUCACUUCAGUGAGGAUGAAGAUGCUGUGAUUGUGGGUUCUUUGGACUUUUGCUCAGACUACAUUGAUGAUUGCCCGUGGGUUUCAGUUCCACAGCGCACACCCCAGGGGGUCAGAGGUCAGCCAGAUGGAACCACAAAAAAAGACACGAGGCUAUUCUCGCCAUCAGUGGAAAAAGGGUGUCCUUCCAGCCCAACCCCACAGAGGGGGCGAAAAACAACACCUCGCCGCCAGAGAGAGAGGGACCAAGAACAGGCCAGUGAGAACAAGGAGAAUAAUGAUGCCCAAGAUAGAAGCUUUGACAUUUUUGCCUUGCCUCCACCUCGAACACCUGUAUCCAGUAAGAAGAAUGCACGCCUCAAUAAGAAUGUGUUGACCACACCCAAUCAGAAUUCUAAUAUCAAACCCAGUGUGGCCACGCCUAAAGGUGGAGACAGUGCAUCCAAAGAGGACAAGAAGAGCGCAGCAGAGAACAGGGAUCCUACAAACUUAGAAAUAAUGGCCUUUAGUCCAGAGCGGAGGUCCAGGUCACUGGACAUGGCUGUCACAGGAGACAGUGGGAAGAAGAAACGAGGGGGAAAGAUGUUUGGUUCCCUGGAGAGAGGUCUGGACAAGGUGAUAACCAUGCUCACGCCAAGCAAGCGACGAGCCCUGAGGGACGGACCACGUAAGAUUAAGGCACAAUACAAUGUGACUCUGACCAGUCAGACCAAUCCAUACCAGGUGCUUAACCAGAUCCUCUCCACCCUGCCGGAGAAAAAUAUUGACUUCACGCAGAAAGGGUAUACUCUGAAGUGUCAAACAUGGGAUGACUUUGGGAAGGUGACAAUGGCGUUUGAACUGGAGGUGUGCUUGCUACAAAGGCCAGAAGUUGUCGGUGUCCGCCGUCAGAGGCUGAAGGGAGACGCUUGGGUAUACAAGCAUCUGGUGGAGGACAUUCUUUCCACGUCCAGUAUCUAAAAAAAUGCACUUUCUUAGCAAAAUCUCUACUACUUCUAAGUCAAUGGGCACCGGCUCUCUUUGUUGAAGAAAUACCAGUGACUAACCAGUAAGUGAUGCAGAUAGAUGGGAGGCUAUUGUUGAGCAAUGAUCAACCCUUCAUCGUUCUUUGGAAUAUUAAAAACUGUCCUUAGGCUAGUCUGCAAUUCCCCAAAUAUAUGUUACAUUAAAUUUAUGAGUAUUAUGUUUCAGGAUCCUGUCUGUACAGUGCAUCUUGUUUUAUGUAGAAUUGUUUUUAAUUUCUCUUUUCAUGAUCAUUAAACUCAAUAUAAUUGCUGUUAGUCAAGUUGGUGUGUGUGUGUGUGAGAGAGAGAGAGUGUGUGUGUGAGAGACAGUGAAAUGUAAAAAGACUUCUUACACUAGACCUUCCAGCUUCCUAUUAACAUAUUUAUGUCUUGUUGUUUUCCCUCGUAGAUGCUAAAUUUUAUGAGUAGCAUGAAAAAACAUAAGCAUAAGUAAUUUUUAUAUGUACAUGUGUUUACAGUUCUUUCAUCAUGUUUUACGUGGUUAUAUUGAAUGUUUUUUCAGUGUUUCUGUUUUUUUUUUUUCAGUGGUGUCUGUAUGAUUUUUACUGAAAAUGCAAAAGGUGCAAAAUAAAUUAUUUCUGCAUUUAUGAACAAAAAUGAUUAAGAUGAAUUCAACUACUUUAUUAACAUCAAAUGUUCUUUAUUAUGCAUUCAGCAGUUGAUGGAGCGGUGGUGUGUUUUACACUCUGUCAUCAUCCUUCUGUUCAUCCUCUAGGCUUCACUUCACUUUGGUAGAAAGAUUGAUGGUGAUAGUUUAUCUUAGCGAGAGUGUUUCUAAAUGUCUAUCAACAAUAAAAUGAGCAGUGA